AGUUGAAAACAGAAACCUGGGUGGAAGCCAAAUUCCGCCCAACAUUAUCAACGUAAACGCAGCAUCAUCGAGUGACGACGGACCGUGACGUAUUUAUGGCCGACAGACCGUACGUCUACGACCCGGUGAGCACGGACGCCGCAGUCAACCAACAGGCGCACAGAAUGGAGGAGGGACAACUUUGGCGGCAGUUUAUUAUCGCCGGCGUCGCGAACAUCGCGAUUGCCUCGACGGGUUAUUCGAUGGGCUGGACUUCCCCCAUCAGCACCAAGCUCAACUCUACCGAGACAUCGCCGUUGCCCGACAUCAUCACAGCUGAUGAAUCAUCAUGGAUGGGUUCUUUGCUUACCGUGGGAGCUAUAUUUGGUCCAUUCAUUGGUGGUUUCCUGGCGGCGAGGAUCGGUCGCAAAUGGGGUUUAAUGGCUUCAUCAGUACCACUCUUCAUAGGGUGGAUCCUGAUCGCGGCUGCAAAGUCCAUCGGGAUGAUUUAUGCGGGAAGAAUUUUCUGGGGUAUUAGUGUCGGCAUGCUGUUUACUAUUUCGCCUAUGUACUGUGCUGAAAUUGCUACGGAUGACUCCCGAGGCGCUCUAGGCUCGUUUCUCCAGGCAUUCAUCACAGUCGGUUUCUUGCUUGUCUACGGCAUCGGUCCAUUCAUUUCGUACAGCGCUGUUGCUUAUGUCGGUGUGGUAUUCGUGGCCGUGUUUGUUAUCGCCUUCUUCUUCAUGCCUGAGUCGCCUAUCUACUAUUUAACUAAAGGCGACAGAGAAGCAGCAGCAGAAUGCCUGAUGACGAUCAGAGGGAAAUCGAGAACUGGCGUCGAAGCGGAGCUUACUAAGAUGGCCAUGGACGUACAGGCAUCCAUGGAAAAGACAGCUACGAUUGCAGACGUGUUCCGAGGCGGCAAUUUUAAAGCGUUCUACAUAUCGUGCGCGCUGGUAUUCUUCCAGCAAUUCAGUGGUAUCAACGCCGUGCUUUUCUACAUGACUAUUAUCUUUGACGCUGCCGGCUCCGAUUUGGAUCCCGACAUUGCUGUUAUUAUUAUUGGUGCUGUGCAGUUAGGAGCAUCCCUAGUGACACCGUUCGUCGUGGACAGGCUCGGAAGGAGGAUUCUGCUGCUGAUCUCUUCUUGCGGCACUGCUAUUGGACUUGGUCUGCUUGGCAUGUACUUCAUAUUAGACGAGACGGGCUCUCCCGCAGCAGAUAGCCUGGGUUUCUUGCCUAUCCUAUCGCUCGUCCUGUUUAUCUUGACCUAUUGCUGGGGUCUGGGGCCUCUGCCAUGGGCUGUCAUGGGAGAAUUGUUCCCGAUUGAAGUGAAAGCUGUCGCUUCACCCAUUGCUACAGCAUUCUGUUGGGUUUUAUCGUUUUUGGUGACGAGGUACUUCCAGCCGGUAGCUAAAGCGGUGGGAAUGUCGGUAGCUUUCUGGAUCUUCGGCGUGUGCUGCGUAGCCGCCUUUUUCUUUGUUCUGUUCAUAGUGCCUGAAACUAAGGGCAAGAGCUUCGCUGAAAUCCAGGAAAUGCUUGCUGGGAAGUCAUCAUCCGAAAAGAACAAGGCAUAAUUAAGAAAACAAAAUAUUCCUACCUCUCCUACAGGGAACAAAACUAUAAUUUAACGUUAUUCUUAAGAUAAAAUUAAGCCAAUUUUGUAAUAAUAGAUGUGAAAACUUAAUCACAAGUAUUAUAACUUGUGCAAAAACUAAAUAAGAAACAAUAUAUUUAUUGAAAUAUAUGUUAUACCUAUACCUAUAAACUUUAACGCUGUUCUUAAGAUGCGAUUAAGCUACUUUGGAAUAAUAGAUAUGUAAACUUAUAACAAGUUUUUUAACUCGUGCUAAAACUAAAUAAGUAACAAUAUAUUUCUUGAAAUAUAUGUUAUAUACCUAUAAACUUUUAUCUAACGUUAUUCUUAGGAUAAGAUUAAGCCAAUGUCGUACUAACAAAUAUGUAAACUUUAUACCAAGUUUUUUAACUUGUGCAAAAACUAAAUAAGUAACAAUAUAUUUCUUGAAAUAUAUGUUAUAUACCUAUGAACUUUAAGCUAACGCUAUUCUUAAGAUAAGUUAAGCCAAUUUUGUAAAAAAGUGGAUGUGAAAACAUAAUAACAAGUUUUAUAACUUAUGCAAAAACUAAAUGAGUAACAAUAUAUUUUUUUAAAUAUACGCUAUAUAUCAUCGGUGUUUUCUAGAAAAGGCGUAAGAGACAUUUCGCAGAUUUUUCAGUGGAGC